AUGUCUGUCGCUGAUUAUUUCGACCGGCUUGAAUGGGCGCUCCAACUCAACAACAUUCCCAAGGAAAAAUACGCCGACUACGCACGCGUACACAUGGGGUCAGUGCUUAACAACGCCUUUAAGUUCUUGAUAACGCCCAAGAAUCCAGAAGAAAUUCCAUACGAAGAACUUCGCCAAAUUCUACAGCGGCACUUCGACCAAGCGAAAAACAAGUUCGUGGAAAGUAUCAAGUUCCGGAACAUUCGACAACAGAAAGGAGAGACAAUUGCCCAGUUUGUUCAGUCGCAGCAGAACUCCGAUAUCGACGUGGUACAAUCGCUACAUUGUAUCAACAAUAUGCCGUCCGUGAACAAGAAAAUGCUUAACGUGAAGAUCAACGAAGGGAAGUAUGACUCGCUUUUCGGACGCGAUUGGAUAGCACAGUUCACAAAUGAGAUCAAUUUUCGUGAACUGUUUACUUCAACUGUACCAGUAAACGUACUCUCAAGCAUCGAACCAACUCGGGAACAAGCAGCUCAACUGUCGAAACUGCUCGAAGACUUUAACAAUAUCUUUAGCGACGUUCCAGGUAUGCUUGUAGGGCCACCAGCGAAGGUACACUUAAAACCCGAUACCACUCCAGUUUUCGCUCGAGCACGAGAUGUACCACUCGCUCUUCGAGAACGCUACGCAUCAGAGAUCGACAAGAAACUUGCUUCCGGAUUCUACGAAAAAGUUGAAGUUUCAGAAUGGGCUUCACCGACCCAUAUCGUCAUUAAAAAGAACGGAGGUAUUCGGAUAACCGGGAACUACAAACCGACUGUAAAUCCCAAAAUGAUUAUCGACGAACACCCAAUACCAAAAAUCGAAGACAUCUUCAACAAAAUGAAAGGAGCUGCCCUGUUUUGCCACCUCGACGUAACGGAUGCUUACACGCACCUUCCAAUCGACGAAGACUUCCGGCAUAUUUUGACGCUAAACACAUCGACACAUGGACUGAUCCGUCCCAAGAGAGCGGUGUAUGGUGCUGCAAACAUUCCAGCUAUUUGGCAGCGACGUAUGGAGACGAUCCUUCAAGGUUUGACCAAUGUUGUCAGUUUUUUCGAUGACGUCAUUGUAUUUGCGAAAGACUUCGAAGAGAUGCUAGCAGCGCUGAACGAGACAUUGGAACAAAUGCGACGAAACGGUCUUCGACUAAAUCGUUCCAAAUGCAUCUUUGCGACAUCAUCCCUCGAAUGCUUGGGUCAUCGCAUCGAUAGUCACGGCCUGCACAAAUCAGACAAACACAUAAAAGCCAUACGCGACGCUCCAACACCAACUACACCAGAGGAACUACAAUUAUUUCUUGGGCACGUCCUCUUCGAGAUGUACUGCUUACCGAUCCUUUUGAGUGGACACAAGCAGCAGAGAAGGCCUACCAAGACAUAA